GCACUGUCUCAUUUUAUUUGAACAGGUCUGUGUAGGCGAAUAGACUACAGUCAAUCAUUUCAGAAGUAGGAGUCCAGUAAGGAACGAGAUCUGGUCUCACAUUUCCUUCUCUCCGGACCUGGGACAUACAUGUCUUUGUUAUGAAACUGGGAGUGAGACUAUGUGUGCUAGUAGUGCUCUCUCUCCAAUUUUGGGCUCCAGGACAGGGGCAGGAUCUGGAGCCAGAGCAGGUCCUUGUGUUCUGUGAUGACAAAGAUGUGGAGACAGCUGUGGACUUGGCCCUUGUCAAGUAUAAUGAGAAGCGUCCUUAUGGAAAUCAACUAGCACUCUACCAGAUUCUGGAGGCCUCAACGUCUCAGAAGGACUCAGGCACUCAGUACUUUGUGGAAUUCAAUGGCAGGGUCACUGACUGUCCAGCAGGGGGAAACAAAGUCUGGAAAGACUGUGACUACCUCCCCACUGGGAACAAGGUGCCAAGCCCUUGUAAUGCAACGGUCCACAUGUCAGAGACCGAUAAAGAGGUCCUGGCAGUUUUCUGUGACCCAGUUGUGGAGGCCCCUGUUGUUGCUGAACGCUCCACAUGUCUGGGGUGUCCUAGGGAGAUUGACGUGGACAGUGAGGACCUAAAGGCUCCCGUGACAUACUCCAUCACCAGGUUCAAUGCUGAUUCUGACUCCAGCCAUCACUUUGUCCUGAACAGUGUUGGUUUCGCUACGAGACAGGUGGUUGCUGGAUUCAGGUAUAGACUGAUGUUCGAUAUGAGGAAAAGCAAUUGCUCCAAAGCGGACCACAAAGAGCUGAACGAUGAAUGUCAUCCAGAUCCUGAAGAUGUGGAACUUGCUCACUGCAAUUCUACAGUAGAUGUGGCACCUUGGAGGCAUGAGACUGCAGAAGCAAAUGUGGAAUGUGCACCAGGUCCCCUUCAGAAUUUUGAAGUCUUUAGAAGAAGGCCUCCUGGAUGGUCUCCCUUGAGGAACUUCAACAAUUUUGCUGAAGCAACCCCAGCCUCAACUGCUUCAGCUAAAGAGGAGUCUUUAGAGGAGUCUCAGGAGCUCAGCCCGACUGCUGUCACCACGGCUAGCAGAGACCCAGAGCCAGCCCUGCCCCCCACAACUACUGCAGAGAGCCCUUUCCACUGCCCCUCCAAGCCCUGGAAGCAGUUUGUCCCCCCAACAACCCCCAGCUCUGAACAGGAGAAACGCACAACACCUUUGCCAGUGAUAGAGGAGGGCUUAAGUGAUUUAGACUUGCUGGGAAAAAAAUAAGUGAAUGCUAUAUAAUGCAUUUGUAUCAUAAGCAUACCUGCUGAUUUGAAAUAAAAAGAAUAAUCAUUUUAUUCUCUUUUUGACAAUGCAAUUCAAUCUUACUUUUUCAUUCCCUCAAAGUGCAUCUUGACUGUUUGGCCAUUUGAUACUAAAAAUAAAUAACUAAAUGUAUUCAA